AUGUACCGCUCCUCGGAUCAGGAUGAGGGUAUAUUUGCCUCGCCAGAUGAGUUUGACGAAUUCUACGUCGAGCAUCACGACCUGCUUAAAGAGGAUGCGUGGCGAGAGUACUACUCGUCUUCUCUCCUUUCACAGCCAACCUCAUCUCUCUUCUACCGCCUCCCCGACCUGCAAGAUCUCCCGGACUCGAGCGACCCCCUCGCGCAGCCACGCCACAAAGGAAUAGGUCACCUGACAAAGCUUCCGCGCUGGGCGCACAACGUUGUGCGCACCUGUCGACGACAGCCAUCCCUCCCCGCCGAGACCGUCACACAGAUAGCCCUGGACACCCUCGAGAAGACCAUUUUACGCCUGCGAGAGGACUAUCCCAGCGUCCAGCCGUACUCGGAGACUCAAGCUCGCUUCUGGCUCAAGUGCAUGAAGAUAGACUCUCUUCGCGAGCCGUCGAAAGAGACGUGGAACCCCAACGACUUCGGCAUAUCUGUUGCGCAGGGAGCCUUCGACGUGUGGGCUUGGGAAGCGCAUUACUCGCGGGAACGAUGGGAGGCCGUCGACGCGCCGCGACUUGAGCCGGACCUGGAUGGCACGCGCGAAAGUGAGGUUACCUGGUGCGGGUUGCCCGAUGGCGGGGUGGGUGAGAUGGCGCGAAGCCGGGGAUGGGAGCCGGAGGUGGGGAGCGAGGAGGAGGUUGCUUUCCUCGCGGCUGUUGCGGUGAAGGAGACGGAGGGCGUCGACAUGAGAGAUUUGAACUAUGGGAUGCGGUCGCACAUUCUCCUUGGAUUGAUGGGUGCUGCUUUCGGGGCCGAGAAGGGACAGCAGGUGGAGGAGGUAAAGCAGCGGAUGGUUGCUGGUGGAAGAAUUGACGCUAAUAGGGUCGAGCAGUGGAUUCGAGAGGCGCUGAUGGUCAUGGAGCCAUACGUGCGCAAAAAGGACGGAUGGCCUGCCUCUGAACAGGAUCGGAGUGAAAUGCUGCGACAGAUUUUGGUGGAGAAUGGACAGCUGUUUGCAAGAUGGAGCCUCUCGGAGUCUUCCAAAGAAUUCAACUUCGAGCUGAAACCAAGGAUAUAG